CUAAAAAACCGGAAAUAUUGGAGGAGAAAAGAAAGUCAAAUUCCCCAAAACCCGUCUCCCUCCCGCUGCUGAAACUGCAGAAUUUUAAUUGGAAACGCCCCCAAGGCCAAGGUUUAACGUGAAGAUAAAUAUGAGCACAUCCAAUCCAAUUUGAGACUUUUUGCACCGCAACGCGAUCUCGGAAGAAGGAUUUUAAUUCACUUUUGGAAUUGGUUUUCCUCGUGAUUCCGAGGUUGCGGAACAGAUCUUGUCUAUCUUUAAUUCUUUAUAUGGAAAACGUAGACUGGGGGUGAAAGUUUUUUAGUAAUCAGUGUACUACGAGCUGAAAGUGAUUACUGUUCAAGUUGAUUCUUCAUUUUAAAAUCCUCGAGGUUACUUAAACUUAAAGACCCAUCCUCACUUUGUAAAUCAGCGACUAAGAUUGUAUCAGUAGAACUUGGAGGAUUGUAGAUAUCAUGGGAAUCCUUUAUCGCAGUUCUGUGAAUAGAAAACCGAAUGACAGCAUGAGGCUUAUUAUAAUAACUUUUGUGGGAGUAGCUAUGGGCUUUUUGAUAGGAAUAUCUUUCCCAACAUUAUCACUAACAAAGCUAGGUAUCCCCUCUGGCCUUAUCCCAAAUAUUGACCACGUGUAUAAUACUGACCUAAAAUCAGGCCCAUCUACUACCCAAACACCUCAAAAGUUGCCAUCUUAUACCAGGAGUGGUAAUGGAGACUUAAAUAAUUCUCGAAAUCUGAAUGGCACAUCAAAGAUUUGGGUUCCAUCAAAUCCUAGAGGAGCAGAAAUGCUAGCCCCAGGGAUUGUUGCAGCUGAAUCAGACUUCUAUUUACACAGAUUGUGGGGCAAUCCCAAUGAGGACUUAACUAGGAAACCAAAUUACCUUGUAACCUUCACUGUUGGUUAUAACCAGAGAGACAACAUUGAUAAAGCAGUAAAAAAGUUUUCAGAAAACUUCACAAUUCUUCUGUUUCAUUACGAUGGCCGAACAACUGAAUGGGAUGACUUUGAAUGGUCGAAACGAGCAAUUCACGUGAGUGCUCGAAAGCAAAGUAAAUGGUGGUAUGCGAAGCGAUUUUUACACCCCGACAUUGUGGCACCUUAUGACUACAUUUUUAUGUGGGAUGAAGACCUCGGGGUUGAGCAUUUUGAUGCGGAAGAAUAUAUAAAAUUGGUGAGGAAGCAUGGCUUGGAAAUUUCACAGCCCGGUUUGGAACCUAACAGAGGGUUAACAUGGCAGAUGACAAAGAAAAGGGAUGAUCUUGAAGUUCACAAAGAUACAGUGGAAAGGCCAGGAUGGUGCACUGAGCCGAAUUUGCCUCCCUGUGCCGCUUUUGUCGAGAUCAUGGCUCCCGUGUUCUCACGAGAUGCUUGGCGCUGUGUGUGGUAUAUGAUUCAAAAUGAUUUAAUCCAUGGCUGGGGUCUUGAUUUUGCCGUCAGAAAAUGUGUGGAGCCUGCACAUGAGAAGAUUGGAGUUGUAGAUGCUCAGUGGAUUGUUCAUCAAGGUCUUCCCUCGCUCGGGAGCCAGGGAGAAACUCAAAAUGGGAAAGCGCCAUGGCAAGGGGUGAGAGAAAGAUGUCGGAAAGAGUGGACAAUGUUUCAAAGUCGGAUGGCAAAUGCGGAGAAUGCGUAUUUCAAGUCAUUGGGGAUUGAUCCAUCAAAUUCAGCCAAACAUUAGGACCCAAUCAGAUUAUAUACACAAUCCAUUAUUAGCCACUUCUCCACUGAUUUGUAUAAAUUCGUUAAGCAUUAUAAUAAUAAUAAUAAUUUAAGAAGAAUUUCAUUUUGGUUGUCA